UACUCUUAAGGUUGGCACACUUGGAAGAUUGUCCUCCUCCAAGACGCGAUUUAUUGAGAAACACCUGAGAAUUUUUACUGUAUUUAAUUUUCGCGGUUUUCUUCUGUUCUUUCGCAAUAGUGAACGCUGUUAUUUUAACGAGAGAGAUAAUUUCGGAAAAAUAUUUAUUCAGCUGUAUAGAAGUUUUCCAUACAUUUUCCAUUCUUUUUUUUCCACCGUGUGUGUGUAAAGCUUGUGCAAACACUGUGCCUGCGUUGAAAUUCAAUGCAGAAUUCUGCGUUAUCAGUGUGAUGGGAAAAAUUGAGAGAGAAUGCCUCAUUAUUGUGCUAUUCGUGCGUGAUCCUAUUUCAUAGUAUACAUAAUUCCGGAACCAGAGGCGACAAAAAUUUGUGCGAUGAAGAGACAACGACGUGCGUGUAUAUCACAUAGAGGCGUGUAGCAAAUGGCAAAUGAUAUAGUUGAUAUAUUAAUAAUGCCAACAUAGCCAAGCAUAGACAGACAUCCCAACUAGGUCUCUCUCACCACCAUCACACUCUGCACCAACGUUGUUCUCUCCAGAGUAUUUGACGAAUGUGAAUGAAAAUAGACGAGAGUGUAUUUGCAAAAAAAAAGAAGAUAAUUGAAACGUACCAAGAGAGUGUUGUAAAAAUUUUCGUGACAAUUCGCGAACACUAAAAAUAUUCGCGAGAUUUUUGCCAGUCUCGUUUGGGCUGUGAUUUAGUCGCUAUGUGAUUUCUGUGGGCAAAACAGUGCGCCGGUGUUGCUCUCACAGAAUCAUUCCCAUCUUCUUUCUUUUCUUCAUUUCAUUAAACCCAAAAAUUAAAAGUGCGGAGACUCUUAAUGAAAUGAAAAGUGCGUGAGAGAAUUUUUACGACAGCGCUUUAUGUACUUUGAUUACACACAUCACACAAACUUCCGGUUGGCGCGCGUGGAAGUUGCAAAAGUGAAAAAAGAAUCUAAGCGAAAGGAAGUGAAGAAAAAAGUGCCAUUGAAUUUGACAUUUUUUCGAGAGAAGAUUUCCACGCAAAAUAAACAUUUUUUUCAGUUAAGAAGAGGAAGAAAAAACUAUAAUAGUGAUGGUGUAAAAAAAGCCCUUUACGACAUUUUAUUGCUCACUUUUCACGCAAUUAUCUCUGCCCACCGAAUGAGUCAAUAGAUUGUCGUCGCAAAAAGACUUUGAAGGAGGGAAGAAAAAAGUUUUCUCUUUAUUUACUCAACACACAUUGCAAUUGAGUUUAGUGUGUUUUGUCGUUGUAAUUUGAGGUGAUGACAGAGAUUUCUGAUGAUGGAAUGAUAUAGGAGGAAAAUAUUACCUAUACCACAUAAUAAUUUUCUCAAAUGAAUGAUAUUUUCUUCGUAAUUAUUUCCCAUUCAUUCCCAAUAAAUGCGAAAAACGAACUUUUAAUUACUCGUAAAUCACAAAGUUAAAGCUCUUUCUGUUAUUUGUGGGGGAACAUGUGAUGAUCUUGAAGGAAAAACGAGACCUCUCAAUAAGAUGAUAAACAUGGUUAUUUGUUGGAUGAUGUAGCAUUGAUUGAAUUAUAUAUAGCGGACAAAAGAAAAAUAUUUAGUCCAAUUUUCAAGGUACUUUUGUACGCUACAUACAAUAUAUGAAAAUUGAUUAUUUGGAAAAUUGGGGCAAAAUGCUCGAGGACACUGAAGAAGAAACCGUUGUGUUGCGUGAAAAGCACAUUGUCUCCUUUGAGGCAAAUCUCACGGAAGAGAAAUUGCGUCAAAUCUACUGGCAGACAAGCAAGAAUCACCUUUCGGACGAAGAAGCAUCCACCAAUCUUGAGGAUCUCGACAGGAUUUCCUCCCUUCUCGGUCUCAAUCGCUACCAUUCGAUUGGUGUACCGCAGAUGCACUACAUCCCCUAUCGGCAGGAAGAUGUGCUCAAGGAUCUCCAACAGGACUCCUUUAUUCACAACAGUUUGGCCAAGGAAGCCCGCAAAUCAACCCCCGAGGAUUUUCACCUCAAACGUCCUGUAACCAUUGGGAGUGUCUUCAAGCGAGACUCCUUCCUGCGUCAGAGUUUGAAUACUAUUCUACGACGAAGCAAGUCUCAACGAAGAAAAUCCCUCUCAACGGAGGAUGUUCAUCAUGUAGUGGUGCCAAAGCACAAAAAGGACAAGAAGAAGAACAAUGAGAGUCACAAUAGUAGCAAUGAUGGGUCAAGUGAUGGUGCCCCAAUGAGUCCCAAAGCCACGAAAAAGGGCCACAAGAGAAGUAGCUCUGCUUCCAGUUGUAUGAGUAAUCGAUCAACCAACAGCAUUGGCAUCCGCUCAGCUCCAACGACCCCAAUGGCACCACUCCAAGGGCAGGCAGACACCAAUCAUUCCAACUAUGGCCAAAGUGUUGUCAAUUUGAACUCCAUCUCCCGGAGUCCCAGUCAUAGUUCCACAAAGAGUGAUUCCAAAUCUGUGAGGCAGCAGUUGACGCCGUCAGGAGCUACUGGCACCGUGGCGAACAACCGCAGCGUGAGUCCAAAUCAGCAGCUGAAGGGUGCCGGUGGGGGUGGCAGCGAGAAGGAGGCGAGUACAGGGAGUGGCGGCAAGGAUGCCGGCAAGGAGAAGAAGAGGAAAGAGCUGAGUAGCUCGCGCCAGAAGAAAUUCCACCGGCACUUUCAGCAAGUUUCCGCAGAAGAACGUGUGAUUAAUUAUUUUUCCUGUGCACUCGUUAGUGAUAUCCUCUUACAAGGACAUUUAUACAUAACUGACAAUUAUUUUGCAUUUUACUCAAAUGUUUUUGGAUUUGUGACAAAGCUCCUCAUUCCAAUUGUGUCUGUGGUGAAGAUUUCCAAGGAGAAGACAGCAAAAAUCAUCCCUAAUGCCGUUGGGGUGGCCACAAUUGACGAACGACACGUCUUUGGGAGCUUUAUGAGUCGUGAGGCGGCCUACAGGCUGAUGGUUAGCGUUUGGCGACCACUGGUACCGGCUGAGGAGGCCCCUGAGACACCCGCAACAAAGGCACCGGAUGUGGAGGUGUCCGAGUACAGCAUUGAGGAGGAUAGCAGCUGCUCCGUGAGUGGCAAUGAGAGUCCAACGCAAAUUCAGGAAUCUUCCGCAAAUAGUGAUCCAACACCGCGUCAAUGGGUCGCCCCCAUUUCCGUGGUUGAUGGCCUCCCGCCGGACGAGAUGGUCUUGCCGGUCAUUGUGUCCACAAGUCCGAAACCUGUGAUCUUCCGCCAGGCACCACCGCCACCCGCAAUGGCUGCGAAGAAGUCCCUCGCGGCACGAUUGCGCGUGAAGGUCCCCAAGAAUUUGCACAUUGUCCACCUUGGGAUGGUGCUGGCGGUCGUCCUCACCAUCUUCUCCGGUUUUCUCCUCUACAGGAUACUCGAUAUCCAGGCCAGGGCCAAUGAAUUCCCCACACAUGACUACAAAUGGACUGGCAGCAAGGAUGACAAAGAGCUCUAUGCUGAGGUCUUACGAUGGCAGAAGGAGCUGCAGUCAAAGAGUCUGGAGGAGGCGCAAAAGAUGCUAAAUUCCAAUUUAGAUCAAAUUGUAAAGGUGCGCGAAAGCCUCGAGACACUUUCGACGCUUAUCCAUGACAAAUUGGACACAGAUCCGGCAGCAAGCAACUCUGGACCCACAUAAAACUGGAAGUUUUAUUUACUUCUUUUGUGUUGUUUAAAAAGUUGCCCCGCGGAUUUUUUUAUUUUUGGAUUUUUCUUCAUUUUCAAUGUGAAGAAAAAUUCGCAACAAAUAAAUCAAACAUGCUAGUCAAAGUUUUUGGGCAGAAAGUUCCAAAUAAACGUGCGUGGGAGGCAUUGCUCAACUUUUCUCCACGACUUUUUUUUUAUUUAUGCGUGGAGGGAAAAUAAAGAAAAAAAGGAAGCAGCUCCUUCAUUUUAUUUUUUAUUUUUUAUUAAAUGUUGAAAGGACCUGCGAAAGACUGUGGCGCAAGAAAAUGUGAAAAUUCUUGCAAUAGUGGUGAAAUGUUAUUUUUGGCUCCUAAAUCUUAACUUAUUUUAGUAGAAUUUAAUUAAUUAUUAAAUAAUAUUUCACAACAAUUUGUAUAACGUGUUAAAUGGUGAAUUAAAAAAAUUGUAAUAAGAUCAAAAAUGUAGCCAAAGGAGUAAAAUUUGCCAAAUAUAAUAAAUUUAAAAGAAAAAUGGUGAGAAAAUGGGAAGAAAAUCAAGAAAAUAAUUUGAAAAAAUUAAGGAUUGAUGGUUUAAAUGGGCGCAAGGUAUAAACUUUUCAUCAGUAUAACCUAUGGUUAAUGAUUUAAGAAUGAAAAAAGACACAAAUACAAAAAAAACUAUACAUAUUUCCUUAGAUAAGAAAAUUAUUAAAAUGAAGAAAUUAAAAAAAUAAAAUCAACAGAUUAGAUCAAGAUUUAGAAUGAGAUCACUGAGUGAUCUGCAUAAGCAAUUUCUGAUUUUUAUUUCUCUUAUUUAGAUCAAUUUUUUUUCAUUGUGGUUUAGAAUUUGGGGAAGGAAUGGCAAAAAAAAAAGGUUUUAAGAGAAAUAAAAAUGCAAUUUGAUGGGCAAAGUAAAAUACAUUAAAAAUGGAAUUUUUAAGACUGUGGUAAAGAGAAUUUCUAAAAUUCUAAUACGAAAAUGUUUUUUGAUAAAGUGACUUGAGACGGAUUAAAAUCCAGAGAUGGCAAUUUGAGGUAAAAAUCAUUUGGACUUGAUUGCAAAAGAAUAUAUCGGAAAAUGGUGGAGAGAAUCCAAUAAAAUAGCUUUCAAAGUUUAUUAAAAAAAAUAUUUAAAACGUAAAAUUUCUUAUAGUGUCAAGUUAUUGAAUAAAAAACAAAACAAAACAUUAGCAUUGUAUUUAAAGGACAGACAGAAACGUAUUUAAUGGCUUUCACCGAAAAAAUAAAAUAGAAAUUGACAAAAAAUAUAUUUAAUCAAUUAAAAAUAAAAACAUGAUAUCAGAAAAUAAAAUUUAAAAGAAAAAAAUCAAGAAAAUCCCCCAAAAAUUAAAAAUUUCCACUGAAAAUUUCUCAAAACAAUUUUUUCAAAAAAGUUGUUCUAAAACACUAAAAGAGAAUAAAAAAAAUGUAAUAGGAAAAAGAAAUCCAAAAAAUCGUAUUUUAAAGUGAAAGAAUAAAUGAGAAAGGAAAUAAAGAAGAUAAAUUCCGAAAAA